AUGUCAAGUUUAGUGGUCACUCAAGAGAGCGAGUUCAACUUUAUCUUGCGUAUUCUGAAUACAAAUAUUGAUGGAAGAAGAAAAGUGAUGUACGCUCUUACAGCUAUAAAGGGUAUCGGAAGAAGAUUUUCCAAUCUUAUCUUAAAGAGAGCUGGGGUAGAUUUAACCAAGAGAGCUGGACAGCUUACAGAGGAAGAGAUUGAAAAAAUCGUGACGAUUAUUAAUAAACCAACGGAGUAUAAUAUUCCUACUUGGUUUCUUAAUAGAAGACGUGAUAUUGUGGUUGGGACUGAUUCACAAAUUGUAGCCAACUUUUUGGAUGCCAAGAUGAGAGAGGAUUUGGAAAGAAUGAAGAAAAUGAUGCUGCAUAGAGGUCUAAGACACUGGUGGGGAGUCAAAUGCAGAGGUCAAAAGACCAAGACUACUGGAAGAAGAGGAAAGACUGUUGGUGUCGCAAAGAAGAAGUAA